AUGACCUCCAACACAACUCACCUUCCUCAUUCUAAUCAGCAUGUGAAUACUAAGGUGGACACUGGAGACACGGUGAAUAAGUUCAGCAUUGUCAUCCUCGCCAUCAUUGUUAUCUUCGGCACCUUUGGGAACUCUUUGGUCAUUUGGAUGGCCAGCUUCCGUAUGAAGCCCAAUGUCACUAACGUAUGGCUGGUCAAUCUCGCUGUAGCAGACCUGAUCUUCUGCUUGUCACGAAUCACUUCUCUCAUCAAACUCAUUUUCUAUGACCAUUGGGCUUUUGGACUCUUUCUCUGCAAGUUUACUGGUUUCUUCAAGUACGCCAAUAUGUUCUGCAGUGUUUUUCUUCUGGCCGUCAUCAGUGUGGAUCGAGCGCUCUGCGUUUGCCAUCCAGUGUUCACCAGAGAACGACGGACGUUAUUUGCAGCUCGUGUGGUCAGUGUGGGAGUUUGGAUUGUGGCGGUGAUCUUUAGUUCACCGUACUUUGUGUACCGGGAAGUCUUUCCUUACAAGAACAACGUGAGCCAAUGCUCGCUGAAGGAGAAAGGUGACAAUUCAGAAAAGUAUAUCUACUACUUCAUUCGUUUCAUCUGUGGAUUCUUGUUGCCCUUCCUGGUGAUCCUUAUCUGUUACAUACUAGCUGCUGUUGGGAUACGCAGAACGCGACUCUCUGGAAAAUCGAGGCCUCUUCGAAUUCUUGCUGUAUUGGUCUGUGCUUUUUUCUUAUGUUGGGCUCCAUACCACUUUAUAGGGCUGGUCAAGUUGGUCAACAAAGACCAUAAGGCAGUAAAAAAAGGAUGGACUAUGGCUUCACACUUAGCCUAUUUCAACAGCUGCAUUAACCCAGUUCUGUAUUUCUGCAUGGGACUGGAUGUUCGUCGACGCUGCAACCAAAGUCUGUCUGGCAUUUUUCACAGAGCACUUACGGAGGAAGACCAAAGUCUCUCACAACAAGGCACUAAGGAAGAAAGCUUUGAUUCCAUCCAAAAGAAUGCAGAUACUGAGUGUGAAUCAAAAUUUUUAUAAAACAUUUUAUAAGCAAGUUAUUAGACGAGAU